AUGGAACAGCUCAGGAGAUUCAUUCAAUUGGAUGCCAAAGGAAUACUGGGAAAGAUACGAUUGUGUUUAAUAAAGAAACUGCUGCCAGAUUUGGAAGACAGAAGGAAAUAUCACGAGGAGUUUGCCUCAUCCACUUCAUUUCAUGGCGUGCAUAACAUUGUCCACAGGCAGAGCAAGGUUCGCAGGGCACUGUGGCUGCUGAUAGUCGCAGGCUGCCUUGCCAUUGUUGUCUGGCAGAUCUGCAGUCGCCUCAUCUACUACUUCAGCUGGCCAACCACAACUACAGUGGUGGUUCAGUACGUGGAAAAAGUCAAAUUCCCCGCUGUGACCUUCUGCAACUUGAACAGGUUUCAAGCUCAUGCUGUGAGCAACCUGAAAGUAAUUUUUUUAAUUUGGAACAUUGUAUCUGCAAUUCUCCAAAAAUUUGCUAUGGAAGACAAAUAUUCCCAGGAGUUAAAUGAUUUCCUUCUUGGGAACCAGAACUUCAGCAUCAAAGACUUUACAAGGAAAAAUGGUUUUUAUCUGAACAGCAGCACAUUGCUAGAAUGUGAUUUUUUUGGAAAGCCAUGUUACCCACAGGAUUUUGAACAUGUUUUCACUGAAUAUGGAAACUGCUUUACUUUUAAUCACAAUGAUCUUUCAGCAAGAAGAGUGAGUUUGUCUGGAAGAGGCUUACAUUUGCUUUUUGAUGUCCAGCAGGACAAAUUCACUGACGAACCUACUCUUGGUUAUACUGAUGCUGGAAUAACUUUCGUUAUCCAUUCACCCCAAGAGCUUCCACGCUUUGAUGGUUUAGGUUUACUGACACCAGUGGGGACGCAUGCACAGGUUGCCAUCCGCCAGCUGAAGUCAAUUAUCCAAGAAUACCCAUGGGGAGAGUGCAAGCCUGAUAUGAAGCUUCAGUACCACAAGAUUUAUAGCACUAAUGGAUGUUUGUUGGAAUGCAAAGCCCGGUACAUACAGGACUGGUGUGGCUGUUUGCCAUUCAUUCUUCCAGGAAAUGGAACAGAAUGUGACUUGCUGAAGUUUUACAAAUGUGUUUAUCCUGCAGUCUAUGAUAUAGAGAUAAAAGGAUUAUGUACAGUAGGAACACACAAUUCCACUUGCCCUGUCCCAUGUGAAGAAACAGAUUAUCCUACCACUGUCACCUACUCAAACUUUGGAGGAGAAAAAGCCAUAAAAUAUUUUUCUACAAAACUGAAGAAAAGCUCAGAAUACAUCAGGCAAAACCUGGUGCGUAUUGAGAUUAAAUAUCACGAUCUGAGCUACAAAAUAACACAGCAGCAGAAGGCUUUGACUAUCUCUGAGUUACUUGCCGAUGUAGGUGGCCAGCUUGGAUUGUUUUGUGGUGCCAGUAUGAUUACAAUCAUAGAACUGCUAGAGUAUAUUUUUACUAACUUCUGUUGGAUGUGCAUCUUUCUUCUUUUGAAAGCUCCUGAAAUGCCUCAAUGGAACAAUCCAUCCCAGAACCAACCAACACAUAAGGGAGAAAAGAGGGGAAUACAAGAAUGCUAA